AUGAGAUACAUUCCUGUAUAUGCCCUUGUACAGGCCUCACUUGUCGCAAUUGCUUCUACUUCCCCGGCUCCAACUGCUUUCGUCGGCAAUGUUAGCCCGCCCGACCCUUUCAUUACACCUUCCCCCGUCGAGCAUAAUCCCUCUCCCAUCGUUGGCCGCAACAUCUUGAGCGACGUUGAAUCGGAUGUGGGCAAUGUUCUUUCGGGCCUUGGGUCUGGCCUUCCUUCGUGGGUCGCAUCUGGAGUGCCCAACUUCUUCCAGGGUUUCCCGACUGGAGACGCAGUUGUGAGCUCCCUCGGAUUGGACAGCUCCAAAUUGAAAGCAUUACCAACCAAUGUGUUGAACAUCGACCCAUAUGCCAACUGGACCAGCUCCGGCUGGAACGUUCGCUUUCAUGGAAAUGUCUACAAGCAACCCAACACGUCUGUCUCAAAGUUGAACGAUCUGGCCGAUAUCUUCCUCGUCAACACUAGCAUCUCGGACCUUCCCAAAUCCCAGCAAACUCAGGCACGUAAUCUCACUGCCGAGAUAUUUGUUGUACAGCAGCCAAAGGUUGCCGUGAAUAAGAUCCACCUCAAGCCUGCAGCGAGUCAAGGAUCCAGUGGACAGCCAGGCGGCGGUGGAUCAUCCAACACAACAGGCGGUACGCAAGAUAUCACUCUGCCAUACAACACAACUGUCGAAGGGGAUUUUGACACCUUUGUGUUGAUUGAAAGUAAUGGCCUUACGGCGGGAAAUGAAACCUCCGCAAUCCAGAGACUAGACACUCAUGUCGAGGGCGCAAGUAUCGGAAAUUCUACGGCGUAUCUUGUGCCCCCAACAGGGCUCACCAUCAUUUCUGACAUUGAUGACAUUUUGCGUGUCACCAAGAUCUACCAACCAGAGCAAGGAUUACUCAAUUCUUUCGCUCGUCCAUUUACAGCUUGGGAGAAGAUGCCAGAGAUUUACCGCAACUGGUCCACUAGCCUACCCGAUACGCAUUUCCACUACCUUACCACCACCCCCGAGCAAGUUACCAGAAACUAUAUGGAGUUCAUCUACACGAACUACCCAGGCGGAUCCUUCGACACCCGCCCUCUCAACUUUAGCGACGUCUCUGCUACUCUGUCGAUCCGCAUGUUCUUAUUGCAAAAGAUAUUCGAAACAUUCCCAAAGCGGAAGUUUGUCCUGGUGGCAGACACCAGCAACAGCGACGUCAUGCGCGACUACCCAAAACUGGCCACCGACUUCCCCAAUCAAGUCCAGUGCAUCUUCCUCCGCAAUACCUCCGCAACCGAUCCAGGUGACAAAUUACCAUACGACACGUCCGGAUUCAAGGGCAUAAAACAGUCAAAGUACAUGUUUUUCCUGAACUCGGCUGACCUGACCAACUUGGACAUCGCAAAUGGACAGUGCUACAACCAGUCGAUUCCGCAGAACCUGACCUUCGGAUACCAGGGACUGCCAUUGGGACUAGGGGCUACUCCUACUUCAGUCAAUGGGUCAGCUAACCACACCGGAGCUGCUAGCGGACUUGUAACUAAGGACUCGGCUGGUGCACAGGGCCUAAUGGCACUGGUCGCAGCAAUUUUGACAGCCACUUUUAUGUUGUUAUAG